CAUCAACACAUUUUAAGAAAUUUAUAAUACAUUUUUUUUGACCUGAAGGGAGCAUAUGAACAUAUUGUAAGUGAUUUCUUCACAAUCAACUGCAGAGACUCUUCUAUGGCUCACCUGACUAUACCUUAGCCUUCAGUAUUUGUCCCAAACUCUUCCAAACUUUGAAAAAAAAAUGUGUUAGAAAAUUCUAAAUGAUUUAAAAUCCAUUUUCUGAUCUAUUUUUCCCCCUAGUAGAAAUGUUGAAAAUUGUGUAAAUGUCAAAACUCAACAUUUUGCCCAUCUUCCUUGUUUAACUUGGUUUUCCUCCCUAGGUAAUACACCAAUGUUGCUUAAAAUGAUUUUUUUUUUAAACUGGUGGUUUGUGAAAUUAACAGCCAGCUGGAGAAAGCUGGGUUCAGCCUUGAUAUUUUGGGGUAAAGUGGCAUGAUUUAUGCAGCCAAGUCGACCAUUUAGUACAAAAUUAAUCAUUUUUUUCCUUUUCUAGUGAUUAAAAUUUUUCCUUUUGAAUCACUCAAAUUUAAAAGUGGCUAAUUUUUAGGCAUGAUAUCAAUUUUAGGGCAAUGUGCUACAAGAAAGUGUGUACACACGCUUGCAGAGGCGUAUAUGGGUUAAUGUUUCUGCAUUGCAUUCUUGGGGAGAAAGUUCAAAGCUAGUCUUACAUCAUCCUCAGUUAAAACAUUUUACAGUAGUAUUUCAAGCCAAGUCUAUAUUGAAGUUCAGCGACAUUGAAUUCUGAGAUUCUUACAUCUAUAGAAAAUAUUAUCCAAGACAUAAUCAAAAGCUUGGCAAGAAAUGAAGUGCCUGCCUUCACAAUAGACAACAGAUCGAGCUGGGGAAACAUAAUGUUUGAAGAUUCUGUCGGCCUUCAGAUGAAACCUCAGUGUACCACAAGAAAAAUCAAAAGCGAUUCACCAAAAUCAGUUAAAAAAUUUGCUCUAAUUAUGAAAAUAUUGUCCAUGAUUUAUAAAUUAAUACAGAGCAACACUUAUGCAACCAAGAGAGACAUAUACUACACUGACAGCCAGCUCUUUGGGAACCAGGCUGCGGUAGACAGCAUUAUCGAUGACAUUUCCUGUAUGCUGAAAGUACCCAGGAGGAGUCUGCAUGUGUUAUCUACAUCCAAGGGAUUGAUUGCUGGCAACCUGAGAUACAUGGAAGAAGAUGGUACCCAAGUCCAGUGCACCUGUAGUGCCACGGCUACUGCUGUGCCGUCUAACAUUCAAGGAAUGCAAAAUCUGAUCACAGAUGCGAAGUUUCUGUUAAUAGUUGAGAAAGAUGCAACAUUUCAGCGGCUCCUGGACGACAACUUCUGCAGCAGGAUGUCCCCGUGCAUCAUGGUUACGGGAAAGGGCAUUCCAGAUCUGAACACGAGGCUCUUGGUAAAGAAGCUGUGGGACACCUUUCAUAUUCCUGUCUUCACACUGGUAGAUGCUGAUCCCUACGGCAUCGAGAUAAUGUGCAUCUAUAAGUAUGGAUCCAUGUCCAUGUCUUUUGAAGCCCACAGUCUCACUAUCCCAACAGUCAGAUGGCUUGGUCUCCUCCCUUCGGAUAUUAAAAGGUUAAAUAUACCUAAGGAUAGUUUGAUCCCACUGACAAAACAUGACCAGAUGAAGCUGGACAGUAUCCUGAGGAGGCCUUACAUUACCUACCAGCCCUUCUGGAAAAAGGAGAUGGAAAUGAUGGCAGACUCUAAGAUGAAGGCAGAGAUCCAAGCCUUGACCCUCCUGUCGUCAGACUAUCUGUCCAGAGUGUACCUACCCAACAAGCUGAGGUUUGGAGGAUGGAUAUAGAAUCACAGCGGGGAACGUGGACCACCAGAGCUCUCUAUUGGCCUGUUUGAAUUACACACACUUGGGGAAGGAAUAUCUAGUCUUAGUUCUGCAAUGGUAAAAAUAAUUUUAUAUUAACAUAUUUUUGUCAAAGCAAACUUCAUAGUGUACUUUAGAAGGUUUGAUCUUAUGUAAAGACAGAUUCUUAUUCUAUGUUCUACAGUGAUUAUAAAAUAAUUUAUUUGAUUUUAAAUUUUUAUUAGAAAAACUGUUACAGAUCAUAAAAGUCUAUAAAAAAUAUUUACUUCCUGCGACAUAGCCAGUGUAGCAUGAAGUGUCUCACUAGCAGCAGACAAAAGCAGCAAGUGACCUCGAGAGCUCGCAGAGGAACCCCAAGGUAUUUUCUUCUGGCACUUUCUUUUGCCGUAUGGUAUAGGUACCUUGCCCUGCUGCUGUACCUGUGAAACUAAUAAAGUUUAUUAUAAAUGAAUAUUCA